AUGUGCAACGAAUCAAUCAUCAAUAUAAAAUACGAUGACGAAUACAAAGUUCGGACUGAUUUAUCAAUACUCUAUAAGAACACGGUGUACGAUUAUACUCAGUAUCGAGUUGUGAAUGAUAGCAUAAAGAUUUGUAACUCCACUGAUAACAACGUACGCAAGAUUUGGAAGGUAAUCAAUAAACGGGUAAAGGCGAAAAUACAUAAAAAAAAUGCAAUAAACCCAUCAGAGAGUCAUGGUUGUACCAAAGGUAUUACACUGUGAAUAAGCAGUUCACUGUCUAUCUCGCAGCUACGAAUCAAUAUUUCACAAAAAACGAGUAUGGGGUGGAAGACGGUAAACCUUUUACAUGCCAAGAAAAGUUCAGAUCCACAUCAACAGAGUAUAGCAAGGAAGAUCUAUUAAUGUGCAACGAUUCAAUCAUCAAUAUAAAAUACGAUGAUGAAUACAAAGUUCGGACUGACUUUUCAAUACUGUAUAAGAACAAGGUGUACGAUUAUACGGAGUAUCGAGUACUCAAUGACAGCAUAAAGAUUUGUAACUCCACUGAUAACUACGUAAGGAAUAUUUGGAAAGUACGGAAUAUUUGGAAAGUACGGAAUAUUUGGAAAGUACGCAAUAAAUGGGUACAGGCGAAGAUGCAUAAAAAAAGUUGCAAUAAACCCAUUAGAGAGUCUUGGUUGUACCAACAGUAUUACACUGUGAAAAAGCAGUUCACUGUCUAUUAUGCAGCUACGAAUCAAUAUUUCACAAGAAAUGACUAUGGGGUGGAAGACGGUAAACCUUUUAUAUGCCACGAAAAGUUCAGAUACAUAUCAACAGAGUAUACCCAGGAAGAUCUAUUAAUGUGCAGCGAUUCAAUCACCAAUAUAAAAUACAAUGAUGAAUACAAAGUUGGGACUGACUUUUCAAUACUCUACAAGAACAAAGUGUACGAUUAUACUGAGUAUCGAGUUCUGAAUAAUGGCAUAAAGAUUUGUAACUCCACUGAUAACUACGUAAAGAAUAUUUGGAAAGUGCGCAAUAAAUGGGUAAAGGCGAAAAUACAUAAAAAAGUUGCAAUAAACCCAUUAGACAGUCAUGGUUGUACCAAAAGUAUUACACUGUGAGUAAGCAGUGCACUGUCUAUGACGCACCUGGGAGUCAAUAUUUCACAAGAAAUGACUAUGGGGUGGAAGACGGUAAACCUUAUACAUGCCAAGAAAAGUUCAGACCCGAAUCAUCAGAGUAUAUCCAGGAAGAUCUAUUAAUGUGCAACCAUUCAAUCAUCAAUAUAAAAUACGAUGAUGAAUACAAAGUUCGGACUGACUUUUCAAUACUCUAUGAGAACAAGGUGUACGAUUAUACUGAGUAUCGAGUUCUGAAUGAUAGCAUAAAGAUUUGUAACUCCACUGAUAACUACGUAAGGAAUAUUUGGAAAGUACGCAAUAAAUGGGUAAAGGCGAAAAUGCAUCAAAAAAGUUGCAAUAAACCCAUUAGAGAGUCAUGGUUGAAACGACAGUAUUACACUGUGAAUAAGCAGUUCACUGUCUAUUUCGCAGCUACGAGUCAAUAUUUCACAAGAAAUGACUAUGGGGUAAAAGACGCUCAACAUUAUAUAUGCGAUGAAAAGUUGAGAACCACGUCAACAGAGUAUACCAAGGAAGAUCUAUUAAUGUGCAAUGAUUCAAUCAUCAAUAUAAAAUACGAUGAUGAACACAAAGUUCGGACUGACUUGUCAAUACUCUACAAGAACAAGGUGUACGAUUUUACUGAGUAUCGAGUUCUGAGUGAUGGCAUAAAGAUUUGUAACUCCACUGAGAACUACGUAUGGAAUAUUUGGAAACUACGCAAUAAAUGGGUAAAGGCAACAAUGCAUCAAAAAAGUUGCAAUAAACCCAUUAGAGAGUCAUGGUUGAAACGACAGUAUUACACUGUGAAUAAGCAGUUCACUGUCUAUUCUGCAGCUAGGAGUCAAUAUUUCACAAGAAAUGACUAUGGGGUGGAAGACGGUAAAUCUUUUACAUGCCAAGAAAAGUUCAGACCCGAAUCAACAGAGUAUACCCAGGAAGGUCUAUUAAUGUGCAACGAUUCAAUCAUCAAUAUAAAAUACGAUGAUGAAUACAAAGUUCGGACUGACUUUUCAAUACUCUAUAAGAACAAGGUGUACAAUUAUACUGAGUAUCGAGUUCUGAAUGAUAGCAUAAAAAUUUGUAACUCCACUGAUAACUACGUGAGGAAUAUUUGGAAAGUUCGCAAUAAAUGGGUAAAGGCGACAAUGUAUCAAAAAAGUUGCAAUAAACCCGUUACAGUGUCAUGGUUGUAUCGAAAGUAUUACACUGUGAAUAAGCAGUUCACUGUCUAUUCUGCUGCUAGGAGUCAAUAUUUCACAAGAAAUGACUGUGGGGUGAAAGACGGUAAACCUUUUACAUGCCAAGAAAAGUUCAGACCCGAAUCAACAGAGUAUACCAAGGAAGAUCUAUUAAUGUGCAACAAGUCAAUUUUCAAUAUAAAAUACGAUGAUUAAUACAACUUCUGACAGACUUUUCAAUACUCUAUAAAGACAAGGUGUACGAUUAUACUGAGUAUCGAGUUCUGAAUGAUGACAUAAAGAUUUCUAAUUCCACUGAGAACUACGUAUGGAAUAUUUGGAAAUUACAUAAUAAAUGGGUAAAGGCAAAAAUACAUCAAAAAAGUUGCAAUAAACCCAUUAGACAGUCAUGGUUGUACCAAAAGUAUUACACUGUGAAUAAGCAGUUCACUGUCUAUCUCGCAGCUAGGAGUCAACAUUUCCCAAGAAAUGACUAUGGGGUGGAAGACGGCAAACUUUAUAUAUGCGAAGAAAAGUUAAGACCCGAAUCAACAGAGUAUACCCGGGAAGAUAUAUUAAUGUACAACGAUUCAAUCGUCAAUAUAAAAUACGAUGAUGAAUACAAAGUUCGGACUUACUGUUCAAUACUCUACAAGAACAAGGUGUACGAUUAUACUGAGUAUCGAGUUCUGAAUGAUAGCAUAAAGAUUUGUAAUUCCACUUAUAACUACGUAAGGAAUAUUUGGAAAGUACGCAAUAAAUGGGUAAAGGCGACAAUGCAUAAAAAAAGUUGCAAUAAACCCGUUACAGUGUCAUGGUUGUAUCGAAAGUAUUACACUGUGAAUAAGCAGUUCACUGUCUAUUCUGCAGGUGAAGGUCAAUAUUUCACAAGAAAUGACUAUGGGGUGAAAAACAGUAAACCUCAUAUAUGUGAUGAAAAGUUCAAACCUGAAUCAACAGAGUAUGCCCAGGAAGAUCUAUUAAUGUGCAACGAUUCAAUCAUCAAUAUAAAAUACGAUGAUGAAUACAAAGUUCGGACUGACUUUUCAAUACUCUAUAAGAACAAGGUGUACGAUUAUACUGAGUAUCGAGUUUUGAAUGACAGCAUAAAAGUUUGUAGCUCCAUUGAUAACUACGUCGGGAAUAUUUGGAAACUACGCAAUAAAUGGGUAAAGGCAAAAAUACAUCAAAAAAGUUGCAAUAAACCCAUUAGAGAUUCUUGGUUGUAUCAAAACUAUUACGCUGUGAAUAAGCAGUUCACUGUCUUUUACGCAGCUACGAGUCAAUAUUUCACAAGAAAGGAGUAUGGGGUCCAAGACGGUAAACCUUUUACAUGCCAAGAAAAGUUCAAACCCCCAUCAAGAGAGUAUACCCCGGAAGAUCUAUUAAUGUGCAACGAUUCAAUCAUCAAUUUAUAA